CAUCACCAAGAGAGCUGUAUUAAGUGGAUCUGUUUGGUUCCUUUAACUUGUUUGGCCACCCAUCCCGGACACAGAGCCAAUGCAUUCCCUUAACAUCACCUCUGAGCAGUUUGCCAGGCUACUGCAGGAGAACAAUGUAACCAGGGAGCAGUUUAUUGAGCUUUACGAGCUGAAGCCUCUCAUCUACAUCCCAGAACUUCCUUUCCACACUAAAAUCGCAUUUGUGAGCAUGAGUGUGCUGAUCUUCGUGCUGGCUCUCUUUGGGAACUCUCUGGUCCUUUAUGUCGUAACCAGGAGCAAAGCAAUGAGAACAGUUACGAAUAUAUUUAUCUGCUCCUUGGCUCUGAGUGAUCUGCUCAUAGCUUUCUUCUGCAUUCCCUUCACCAUGCUGCAAAAUAUCUCAUCUAACUGGCUGGGAGGUGCUUUUGCAUGCAAGAUGGUUCCGUUCGUCCAAUCUGCGGCCAUUGUUACUGAAAUCCUGACAAUGACAUGUAUUGCUGUAGAAAGACACCAGGGAAUUAUACACCCAUUAAGAAUGAAAUGGCAAUACACAAAUCAAAGAGCUUUUACUAUGCUUGGUGUCGUGUGGCUAACAGCAGUCCUUGUUGGUAUACCCAUGUGGCAUGUACAGAGACUGGAGAUUAAAUAUGACUUUCUAUUUGAAAAGCAAUAUGUUUGCUGUUUGGAAAAAUGGGCUAGUCAAGUUCAUCAGAAAAUCUACACGACAUUUAUUUUAGUGAUUCUUUUCCUCCUACCGCUCACAUUGAUGCUUCUUCUCUAUAGUAAAAUUGGCUAUGAACUUUGGAUUAAAAAAAGAGUUGGAGAUGCUUCAGUACUUCAAACCAUUCAUGGAAAUGAGAUGUCUAAAAUAUCUAGGAAGAAGAAGCGCGCAAUCAUAAUGAUGGUAACAGUGGUAGUUCUUUUUGCAGUCUGCUGGGCCCCAUUUCAUGUUGUUCACAUGAUGAUAGAAUACAGUAAUUUUGAAAAUGAACAUGAUGAAGUUACAAUCAAGAUGAUAUUUGCCAUAGUACAAUUAGUUGGCUUUUUCAACUCUAUCUGCAAUCCCAUUGUAUAUGCUUUUAUGAAUGAGAAUUUCAAGAAGAAUUUCUUGUCUGCAAUAUGCUUUUGUUGUGUCAAAGACACUUCACCCUUAAGGAGGGCUGGAAACUCCGGUAUCACAUUAAUUCAACAAAAAGCAAGUUUUGCUCGGAGAGAAACUACGAGUGAAGACACCAGGAGGGAGGCAUUCAGCGAUGGUAAUAUCGAGGUCAAGUUUUUUGAUCAGCCCGUUUCUAAAAAGACUACAAAACGACAACUUCACUUGUUUGUGUCAGAACUCACUGUCCACUCAUGAGAAGAAAAACACAAAAAGACCAUGAAUAUAUAUUUUUAAUGUAGUUACAAUUGAUGUA